AUGAACUAUGUGUUUAUUGGUGACGAGGCAUUUUCUUUGGAAGAACAUUUUUUAAAACCGUAUGCCCAGAAAGAUUUGAAUUCUGAAAAAAGGAUUUUCAAUUACAGAUUGUCCAGAGCUCGUAAUGUAGUUGAAAAUGCAUUUGGGAUUAUUUCUUCAAGGUUUCGUAUUUUGCACACACCUAUCAACAUGAAGCCAAAAAAUAUAUCUUAUGUUAUAUUAGUGAUAUGUGUUUUACAUAACUUUUUAAGAAGAAGAUGCAAUGCAUACAUUUCACCAACCACAGUUGAUAGCGAGGAUACAGAUGGUUGUGAAAAACACCAAGAGGAUUGGAGGAACAAUGCAGUGGAAUUAGUGGGUUUACAGCCAGUUAAUUCAAGAACUGUUACUAUAAGAGCAAAAAUAAACAGAGAUCAUUAUAAAGAAUUCUUUAAUACUGAAGGAAGAGUUGAAUGGCAAGAUGCUAUGAUUAGAGCUGGAAGAGCUUAG